GCCGGCCAGGCCUCACCCCCUGCAUCUGCAGCCUCCUGGCUCCAGCUGACCUUGCAGCUCUGCUCAAGGUCAGCCCCUCUGCUUGUUCCGCUGGCGAUUCGGCAAAUACACGGCCUUGGGGACUGCAGAGCCAGAGAGAAAGUUGGGUUCGCCCCUCCUCGUCUUUACGUCCAGGGCAGAGGCGCCGUCGGGACGCCCAGUGCGGGCCUGAGGAGCGAUGGGGUCGCCGCUGCUGGGGUGCGGGGUCCUGGCCCUGCUGUUCUUCCUGCUGCGGGUCCCUGCAGCCACCGAGAUCCCGCUCUCAGUCCCGCAGGUGCCGACCAUCACCAGGCAGUCCCGGGUGCAAGUGGCCUUUCCCUUCGACGAGUAUUUCCUGAUUGAAUGUGAAGCCACAGGAAAUCCAGAGCCUCUGUUCUCGUGGACGAAGGAUGGGAAGCCCUUCGACCUGUCCGACCCACGGAUCGUCGUGUCCAAUGGCUCCGGCACCUUCAAGAUCCCUAACGAGGGCCACGUGGCCGCCUUCCAGGGCAAGUACCGCUGCUUCGCUGCCAACCGGCUGGGCGUCGCCAUGUCGGAGGAGAUCGACUUCGUCGUCCCAAAUAUUCCUAAAUUCCCGAAAGAAAAAAUCGAGCCCCUGGAAGUGGAGGAGGGGGACCCGGUCGUGCUCCCGUGCAGCCCUCCCCGGGGCCUGCCCCCGCUGCACAUUUACUGGAUGAACAUCGACCUGCAGCACAUCGAGCAGGAUGAGCGCGUGUACAUGAGCCAGAGGGGGGACCUGUACUUCGCCAACGUGGAGGAGAAGGACAGCCGCAGCGACUACUGCUGCUUCGCCGCCUUCCCGAGGCUGAGGACCAUCGUGCAGAAGAUGCCCAUGAAGCUGACGGUCAGCAGCUUAAAGCAUGCUAAUGGCUCCAGCCCCCCCGCAGAGGCGGGCCCCAAGGCGAAUUCCAUGAAGCAGAGGAAGCCCAGGAUGCUCCUGCCUCCCCCGGAGAGUGGCCACGAGUCCUCUGUCACCGUCCUCAAGGGGCACACCCUGCUGCUCGAGUGCUUCGCCGAGGGCCUGCCAACCCCGCUGGUGGAGUGGGAGAAGGUAGGGGACGACCUGCCGGAGGGGAGAGAGGCCAAGGAGAAUUACGGGAAGACUCUGAAGAUCGAGAGUGUCUCCUACCGGGACAGGGGCAGCUACCGCUGCACGGCCAGCAACGCCCUGGGGGCCGCCACCCACGACUUCCGCGUCGUGGUAGAAGAGCCGCCCCGCUGGACCAGGAGGCCACAGAGCCAUGUCUACAGCAGCGGGAGCAGCGGCGUCCUGCUGUGCGAGGCCGCAGGGGAGCCGGCACCCACUGUCCGCUGGAGCGUCAACGGUGCCCCCAUUGAGAAAAACCCGUUUGCUGGGGAUGUCGUGUCCCCCGGGGAGAUCAGCUUCACCAACCUGCAGCCCAACCACACGGCUGUGUACCAGUGCGAGGCCUCCAACGAGCACGGGACCAUCCUGGCCAACGCCAACAUCGACAUCGUGGAUGUCGCCCCGCUGAUCCAGACGGCGGACGAGGAGCGCUACGAGGCGGUGGUGGGGCGCGGCGCCACGCUGCAGUGCCAGUUCUUUGCGUCCCCCAGGGCCGAGGUGUCCUGGCAGAAGGUGGAGGCGGCGAAGCCCCUGGAAGGCAGCCACUACCUCAUCCACGAGAACGGCUCCCUGCACAUCCCCAGGACCACUGAGAACGACGCCGGCUCCUACUCCUGCUGGGUGGAGAACACCCGCGGGAAGACAGCCGUCACCGCCACCCUGGACGUCAGAAACGCGACACUGCUGCAGGUGUCCCCACAGAGCCCGCGUGUGGCCAGGUCGCACACACUGGCGCUCCACUGCCACAGCACCUGCGACGCCCACCUGAGGCCGAGCCUGAGGCUGACUUGGAGCAAGGACGGCGCCGCCUUCGAGGCCAACGGCACGGAGGACGGCAGGAUCCUGAUCGAGGGGGCGACCCUGACGGUGUCCAACGUCACUCUGCAGGACCAAGGCGCGUACUCCUGCUCGGCCCACACGGCGCUGGACAGCGCCGUGGACGUGACCCGAGUGACCGUCAUGGACGUCCCGGACCCGCCCGCGGACCUGCGCCUGUCGGACCCGCAGAACCGCAGCGUGCGGCUGGCCUGGCGGGCGGGAGACGACCACCACAGCCCGGUCAGCGAGUACAUCGUGGAGUUCGAGGGCGACCGCGAGGAGCCGGGCCGCUGGGCGGAGCUGGCCCGCGUCUCGGGCGCGGAGACGGCGGCCACGCUGGCCCUGGCCCCGUUCGUGCGGUACCGGUUCCGGGUGCGCGCCGUCAACGAGGUGGGCUGCAGCCCGCCCAGCCGCGCGUCCGACCCGCUGGAGACGCCGCCGGCAGCUCCAGAUAGGAACCCUCAGAACGUCCGGGUCCAGGCCUCUCAGCCCAAGGAGAUGCUCAUCAGGUGGGAGCCGCUGAAGCCCAUGGAGCAGAACGGGCCGGGGCUGGAGUACAGAGUCACCUGGAAGCCCCAGGGUGCCUCCGUGGAGUGGGGGGAGGAGACGGUCACCAACCACACCUUGCGGGUGAUGACGUCCGCGGUCUACGCGCCCUACGAGGUCCAGGUCCAGGCCAUCAACCAGCUGGGCGCGGGCCCAGAGCCGCCCUCCGUGACCCUGUACUCGGGAGAGGACUAUCCCGACGCGGCGCCUGCAGUCCAGGGCGUGGAGGUCGUCAACAGCAGCCUCGCCAAGGUGACCUGGUCCGCAGUUCCCCAGGACCGAGUCCACGGACGUCUGCGAGGGUACCAGGUGAACUGGUGGAAGACACGGAGCCUGGUGGACGGGAGGGCCCACCCCAAGGAAGUCAACAUUCUGAGGUUCCCGGGCCAGAGGACCUCGGGGAUCGUGCCCUCCCUGGAGGCCUUCAGCGAGUUCCACCUCACGGUCCUGGCCUUCAACUCCAGAGGAGCUGGUCCGGAGAGCGAGCCUUUCGUGUUUCAGACCCCAGAAGGAGUGCCUGAGCAGCCAACUUUCCUCAAGGUCGUCAAGGUGGACAAGGAUACGGCCACCCUGUCCUGGGGGCCGCCCAGGAGACGCAACGGAAACCUGACGGGCUACCUGCUGCAGUACCAGACCAUCAACGGCACCUACGAAGUGGGGGAGCUGAAUGACGUCCACAUCACGGCCCCUGCCCAGCCCAGCUGGCGGCUCUCCCAGCUCAACGCCACCACCAAGUACAAGUUCUACGUGCGGGCCUGCACCGCGCGGGGCUGUGGGAAGCCGGUCUCGGAGGAAGGCGCCACGCUGGGGGAAGGCAGUAAAAGUAUCGGGAAGAUGUCAGAAGGAGUAAAUCUUACUCAAAAGAGCCGUCCAGUAGAGGUAUUUGAGCCGGGAGCUGAGCACAUAGUCCGCCUAGUGACUAAGAACUGGGUGGAUAACAAUAGCAUUUUUGAAGAUGUAAUUGAGACGCGAGGGAGAGAGCACGGUGGCCUGUACGGGGACGUCGCCUCGCAGGGCUGGUUCAUUGGGCUCAUGUGUGCCGUGGCCCUGCUCACGCUCACGCUGCUGACCAUCUGCUUCGUGCGGAGGAACAAGGGCGGGAAGUACUCGGUGAAGGAAAAGGAGGAUUUGCACCCGGACCCGGAAGUCCAGUCAGCGAAGGAUGAGACAUUCGGUGACUACAGCGACAGCGACGAGAAGCCCCUGAAGGGCAGCCUGCGCUCCCUGCACCGGGACCUGCAGGCCGCACCAAGUGCCGACAGCCUGGAGGACUUUGGGGAGGGCGGCCCCGGGCUCUUCGGGGAGGACGGCUCCUUCAUCGGGGCCUAUGCCGGCGCCAAGGAGAAGGGCUCAGUGGGCAGCACGGGCAGCUCCACGGCCACCUUCCCCCUGCGGGCGUGA